CCCCUGGUGGGACUCGAACCCACAAUCCCCGGUUUAGGAGACCGAUGCCUUAUCCAUUAGGCCACAGGGGCUAUUGACGUUCAUUCGGCCCUGCGAGAGUACAUAUCGUGGCUGCUUCGCCGCCGCGAGAAACGGGAGCGCAAAGGGAAGAAGACACGCGCACGUGCCACGUAGGGAUCGGAUCGUCGUCGCGCGAGAAAGGGCGAGACAACGGGUUUUUUUUUCCGCAGGUUACCGUCGACGGAACAUGACGCGCGGGCAGGACCGAGUCGACCAAUCGCGAUCGAGAGCGCGAGGCCUGCCGCCUUCGAACUUGCUGCGCGACCCGUCGUCGACCGCGUUUACCGUGCGAGUUUCACGUGCGGACCAGUUGUUUCUUCGCUCCCGAUUGCGGUUGUUCUUUAAAACGGCACCGUUUAAAAAUCGUUAUCGCGUCGUCGUUAAUUUAGACAGACUCAUUUUCGACGCUGCGAACGAUUGCCCGACGAACGAGCGGCGCUGGCAAUUUUAUAUUAUAUUUUACCCGCAUGCAAUACGUCCCGCAACGUGCGUAUGUCAAGGUUAGGUUAGGUUGAUUCCACGUCGGCGAACAUGAUUAUUGCGCGCGCUACUGGAUUUCUUUCCAGGUACCUGCAUCGCGAGGCUCGACGCUGCUUAAAUAGCGAUCGUGCGGUCUCGACGGCGGCGAAGACGCGAAACGAGGCUAGAAACGAGAGGCACAUUGUCUGGCUCGACAUGGAGAUGACAGGGCUGGAGGUGGAGACGUGUCACAUCCUGGAAGUCGCGUGCUUCGUGACGGACGAGCACUUGGCGCUCGCGAGCGACCACCUCAACAUUGUUAUACACCAGCCGGACAAGGUCUUGGAGAACAUGUCCGAGUGGUGCAAAUUACAACACAGAAAGACCGGCCUGAUCCAAGCGUGUCGACUGAGCGAGACCACGCUGGAGGAGGCGCAGCGGAGCACGCUGCGCUUCUUGGAGAACCACGUCCCGCGAGGAGCCUGCCCGCUGGCUGGAAAUUCGGUAUACAUGGACCGCAUGUUCCUGAGGAAGUACAUGCCGCUGGUCGACGAUUAUUUACACUACAGGAUUAUCGACGUCAGCACCGUUAAAGAUCUGGCUAGGAGAUGGCAGCCGGAGAUAAGUAAGGCAGCUCCGAGAAAGCAACAUUCUCACAGGGCCGAGCACGACAUAAAGGACAGCCUGAACGAGCUGCGUUACUACAAGAAAAAUUUCUUUAUAUCGUGAGGCCCCAAUAAAGAUCCCGUUUUCUUGUUAAA